CGCGGGGUGCGCGCUGCGCCUCGACGUCUCCAGCCAUUGGUGUCUGUGUCAUUACUAAUAGAGUCUUGUAAACACUCGUUAAUCACGUAAGGCCGCCGGCCUGGGGCUCCGCACUCCAGCCUGUGGCGGGUCUUCCCCGCCUCUGCAGCCCAGUGGGGAGGAGGUGGGAGGAAAGAAGGAAGAAAGGGAGGAGGGAGGAGGCAGGCCAGAGGGAGGGACCGCCUCGGAGGCAGAAGCGCCGCGAGGAGCCAGCGGAGCACCGCGGGCCGGGGCGCAGCCAGCCGCCGCUCUCGGCGCCCCCCUCGCCCCUUCCCCUUCGCGCCCCCCCGGCAGCCUCCAGCGUCGGCCCCCAGGCAGCAUGGUGAGGUUUGCCGUCGGGCCCUCGCCACCAUGUACGUGAGCUACCUCCUGGACAAGGACGUGAGCAUGUACCCCAGCUCCGUGCGCCACUCUGGCGGCCUCAACCUGGCCCCGCAGAACUUCGUCAGCCCCCCGCAGUACCCGGACUACGGCGGCUACCAUGUGGCGGCCGCGGCCGCCGCGGCCGCGAACUUGGACACUGCGCAGUCCCCGGGGCCGUCCUGGCCCGCGGCGUACGGGGCCCCGCUCCGAGAGGACUGGAACGGCUACGCGCCGGGGGGCGCCGCCAACGCGGUGGCGCACGGCCUCAACGGGGGCUCCCCGGCCGCCGCCAUGGGCUACAGCGGCCCGGCCGACUACCACCCGCACCAUCACCCGCACCACCACCCGCACCACCCGGCCGCUGCGCCUUCCUGCGCCUCGGGGUUGCUGCAGACACUCAAUCCCGGCCCUCCCGGGCCAGCCGCCACCGCCGCCGCCGAGCAGCUGUCCCCGGGCGGCCAGCGGCGGAACCUGUGCGAGUGGAUGCGGAAGCCCGCGCAGCAGUCCCUCGGAAGCCAAGUGAAAACCAGGACGAAAGACAAAUACCGAGUGGUGUAUACGGACCACCAGAGGCUGGAGCUGGAGAAGGAGUUUCACUACAGUCGUUACAUCACCAUCCGGAGGAAAGCCGAGCUGGCCGCCACGCUGGGGCUCUCCGAGAGGCAGGUUAAAAUUUGGUUUCAGAACCGCAGAGCGAAGGAAAGGAAAAUCAACAAGAAGAAGUUGCAGCAACAACAGCAGCCGCAGCCGCCGCCGCAGCCCCCACCGCCGGCACCGCAGCCCCCCCAGCCGCCGCCAGGCCCUCUGAGAAGCGUCCCCGAGCCCCUGAGUCCUGUGUCUUCCCUGCAAGGCUCGGUGCCCGGCUCUGUCCCUGGGGUUCUGGGGCCGGCUGCGGGGGUGUUAAACCCCACUGUCACCCAAUGACCCACGGGCGCCUGCAGCGGCCGAGCUCGAGGGCCGAGCCACGAGGAGCAUAGACUCUGCUAGAAUCCUCAGGAGAGACCCCUCCCCUCCCCUCCACAAAUGUACACCAACUGACCUAGCUCUCAGAGGAAGAAUGGGGGCCAGGAGUAAGGACAAGGGGGGGUUGGGUUGGAGGCCUCAAGGAAGACAUGCUCCCAGAUUUUGACUUUUUCUGGUCUGACUUUCUGCCAGCAAGAAGAUGGGAUAUGAUCACUGAGGCUUCAUCUCGUCCCGCCAGGGAAGCAUUGCCUGGACUGGCGAAACAGACCGGGCUUCCAGCCCCCACCUCCCCAGCUCUUGGCUUCCCAAAUCUGCAGGAGGCACCUCUGGUUGAGGGGAGAGAACGACUCAGGGGAACACCAAUGCUCGGAGCCAAGAUGGCUGCCGCCUACUCACUGCGAUCCGAGGGCCCGCUGGGCCCUCCUGCUCAAGGGCAGGCAAGAUUCUGUGACUGCAGAAGUCACAGGCGGCUAAGAUAGGAACCUGGACCUACCAAAGACUGCAGAACCCCCAGGUCUUUGUCUUUCUUCUCUUCCCUUCCCAGACCAGGAAAGGCUUGACUGGUGUGGGCGCCCAGUGGAUGGUGUGAGAGGCGUGGUUAUUGGACUCCAGGCCUGACAAGAGGGCCCAGGACAGGGCCUUGUUUAGAAAGCCUGUCACCAGAGCUUCUCUGGGCUAAAUGUAUGUCAGUGCUAUAAAUGCCAGAGCCAAGCUGGACUUCCUGUCAUUUUCACAAUCUUGGGGCUGAUGAAGAAGGGGAGUUUUUGUUGUCGUUGCUGCUGUUUGGGUUGUUGGUCUGGGUAACAUCCAAGCCAGCAUUUCAAAAGCCUUCUGGAUCCACGGGGAGAGAAGUGGUAUGGUGAAGGGAAGUGGGGGGUAUUUGAACACAGUUGAAUUUUUUCUAAAAAGAAAAAAAGAGAGAGAGAGAGAUAAAUGAGCUUUCCAGAUUUCAGAUUCUGUAUUUAUCGUCUUCAGAUUUUGUCUGGAAUUAUUAUUUUUUUUUUUUUUUAAAGAAAUGAAACAUCUUGUCUACUUGCAACCUAGUGUUGGAAAACUCGGACAGGGAGUGGAGAAGGUUAUCUGAACAACCUCAUUUUACCCCAGAGCAUCAGAAGCCUGAGGGAGCAGGUUUUGAGACCUUCCCUGCCCCCAAGCCUGAGCCCAGCCUUGGAUUGUGGAAUGUGUGGUUCUCCUGGGGGUGCCUUUGGGCAAAAUGCACAUCUGAAUGGUCAGCUGCUUCCCAGCGGCCAGGAAUUAUGGGGGGUGGGGGUAAGCGUCCCCUCAUAUCAUCUCCUCAAAUCUACACUGACGCAGUUACCAACACUCCCUGCAUCAGUGAGUCCCUUCACCCCAGGGAUGCCCCACAAUCCAGCUAAACAGAAGCAUUAAGUAAAAAGGCUUUAUUUUCUGCUCUCCCAGGGCAACGUUUCCAUGAAUAUAGUCUUCUGUGAAUCACUGGGCAUUUCUGUGAGCCCUGUCUCCACCCCUUGUCCUUUCUCGCGAAAUCCUCCCACCUACCCCACAAAGAAUUCAAGAACCAGUAUAAGGAGAGCCUUUCAGUGGUGGUUGCUUGUUAUCUGGCCGGCCCGCUGGGGACCGGGCUGCUGUCCCUGAGGUUUUUGGGU